AUGGGUGAUGUGGAAAAGGGGAAGAAGAUUUUCGUCCAGAAAUGUUCCCAGUGCCACACUGUUGACAAAAAUGGGAAGCAUAAAACUGGACCAAAUUUAUGGGGUCUUUUUGGUCGCAAAACAGGACAGGCUCCAGGAUUUACUUACACUGAUGCAAACAAAAGCAAAGGUAUUGUGUGGGGAGAGGAUACUUUGCUAGAAUAUCUGGAAAACCCAAAAAAAUAUAUACCCGGAACCAAGAUGAUAUUCGCUGGGAUUAAGAAGAAGAAUGAACGCUUGGAUCUAAUAGCCUAUUUAAAACAAGCGUCAUCGGAGUGA